AUCCAUUCACAGAACAAAUAAAGUAAACAAGAUAGUUGUAAGACGAGAAGUAAUUUUACUUUCCCCUAUGUAUAUGAAUCACAAGAUACUCUCACAACAUGAUGUUCACUUGUUUCAGCUGAAGGGCCUCUUUUAAUUAUGAGAUAUAAAUAUUCCAGGGUAAUUACCACAAAAAUUACUGGUGUCAAAUUUUUACAGACAAGACCUUCAUCACAUGUAAACUUGCAAUGUUCUACUCUCUCAACUUUCCUCGAGUGGUUAUUUUGGGUGUUGUGAUCUCUGUGACUUUGUACUACUCUGUGUUUGUAAUAUACCUUUGACAAUGAAGUAUUAAAUAGUUGUCUUGAAAAAUGUUUAUUUUGCUUGUAAUUAAUAUGGUGGGGAGAGAAGUUUUGUAAAUGGAAUCAACACUAAGUUUCAAACAAGGCCUGAGGAAGAUAGGCACUGGCUUGGUGCAUAUGUUUGUUUUUCACAUUCUUUCCUGUUUUGUUCACUGCUUGGUACAAAGGUCUCCUGAAUACCCUCAGAAAUGCUGUCUGAAAACUAAAGUAAUCAAUGAUAAAAUUUUAUUGUCAGUAGCCUUCAAAGAGUUUCUUUGCGGUGCUGGUUUUGAAUGUUCUGGCCCUGACUGGUAUUGUUUGUGGUAAGUUAUGGUCCUCAACCCUCCUUGGUCUUACGCGCCUACUAGUGUGCUCCUCAACCCUCCUUCCCUCCUCACUGAUUUUUUCUUUCAGGGAGGGCAGCUGUAACACAGGCCACAUGGAACGUUCCUUUUAUUUUCCACCGGAGCCACUGGCUUUCUAUACAAAUGAUGAGCAAUUUUUGGCCGAACGGAAAGCGAGAUUGCAUUCCUUUUUUCCUCUUCCCCCGAGUCCGGACCUUUAUAUUUCUUUCCAGUUCUCCCCAGUCUCUUCCGAGUAGUGAAAAAGAAAAAUGGCGACGGUUUUUGACUAAAGUAAGUGAAGUGAUAGGGAGAGGCAUAUUUUGAGGCUUUCUUAUGGCCGGCAGGUUACGAUUAAUAACAUUUGAUGCUUGUAAUACGCUAUUUCAUGUUCGAGGCUCACCCGGAGAACUGUACAGUAAUGUGGCGGCUCGUUUUGGCGUCGACAUUGAGCCUAAAGCGUUGAACGAUUCGUUCAAGGACUCAUUUCGAGACUUCUACAAAACAUUGCCAAACUUUGGCGCUAAAAGCGCAAAGACGGGUGAAAAAUGGUGGUAUGGAGUGGUGAGACAAACGUUCCGUUCCGCUGGUUAUCACGAUGAAGCAAACUUAGCUAGAAUUUCUUCUGUAUUGUACAAAGAAUUCUCCACUGCAUCUUAUUGGCAGGUUUAUCCUGAAACAUUUGUUGUGUUAGAGCAUUUAAAGAAUAGAAACUAUCAUCUUGCCGUAAUAUCCAACUUUGAUGAACGGCUGGAUGUCAUUCUUGAAAGUCUCCGCUUGAAGGAAUACUUCACAUUUAUUGCAUGUUCUUUCGAUGUUGGAAUUUGCAAACCUUCUCCAGAAAUUUUUCAACUUGUUUUGUCUCAUUUUGAUGUCAAAGCUGAAGAAGCUCUACAUGUUGGUGACAAUAUCAACUUGGAUUACAAGCCAGCUGUUGAACUAGGAAUGAGAUCAUUAAUUGUCAACAGGUUUUGCAAGGACUAUUCCAAAGAUAGUGUUGAUCCUAAUCACAUAAUACAGGAUCUAAAUCCUUUACAAUAACUUUGAAAUUCAUCUACUGGUAUUUUCAUUGGGGUUUUUGAACCCCAAUAGAAAUUGCUGGUAUCUAAUUUUAUAAAUGGGCUACCUUGCCAUAUUAUAUGCCAUAUUAUAUGGCAAGGAAGCCUUGAGGUACAUCUGAGCUUUCGGACUGAUUUUUUCUGGGUCAGGAUUUUGCCAUAAGGAAUGUUUUCAUGGAUUAUUGACCAAGCAUGAGGUCAAGAUAGCUGGAUA